AUGAUAAAACCCUCAAAAUCGAGAACCCUGCUCUCUAUCAGGUUGUAUUCCACUACUAAAUCUACAGCACCUCCUACCAUCAGGGCUACCGCGAUAAAUGGAGCUUCACAAAAAUUAGCUCAAUCGUCAUUACCAACUAUCCCUUCACCACGGAUUCUCAAGUCUUUUCUUGACGAAUAUGUCAUAGGACAGGAUGUGAGUAAGAAAGUAUUGAGUGUGUCCGUUUACAAUCAUUACUUGAGGAUAUAUGAUAGAAUCAAGAGACAAAAGAUGAAAGAAAGCCAAUUGCAAUUCUUAGAGGCUAAUGUGACCGAUCAAAAAGACGAGCCUACUUUCGUUCCUAACAGUGAAGCUGAGCAAGGUAUGGCUAAUUUGAAAAGACAAGUUGAAUCUUUAAAACCAGAAAACGAUCCUGAAUCAAAUGGAGUGGAUGAUUUAGAACUAAGUAAAAGUAAUGUGAUGGUAAUUGGUCCAUCAGGAUCUGGUAAAACGUUGUUAGCCACUACUUUGGCUCGUGUGCUCGACGUUCCUAUCGCUAUCUCUGAUUGUACUCAAUUGACACAGGCAGGGUAUAUUGGUGAAGAUGUCGAGGUCUGUAUAGAGAGAUUGUUAGUUAAUGCUGAUUUUGAUGUUGCUAAGGCUGAAAGAGGUAUUAUUGUUUUGGAUGAAAUUGAUAAAUUGGCCAAGCCUUCGGCUAGCAUCGGUACAAAAGAUGUAUCUGGUGAAGGUGUUCAACAAUCAUUACUAAAAAUUAUAGAAGGUCAUCGUGUACAAAUUAGUGUUAAGAGACCCGUCAAGAAUAAAUCGUCGAGCACAGAUAAAGAUGGUAAUAAAUCAGUGGUGAAAAAAGAGGAAACAUUUACAAUUGAUACAUCCAAUAUCUUAUUUAUGAUUAUGGGUGCUUUUGUUGGCUUAGAUAAGCAUGUUGCCAAAAGAAUAAAAACAUUGAAACAGUUGGAUGAACCAGAAAAACAGACUGAAGAAGGUGAAGAAGAAGAAAAUAAGGAGCACAUCAGCAACAAAUUGGAGGAAAUUGAAUUGGAAAAUGGUGAAAAGGUCCCUGCAUUGAACUUGGCAACACCUGUGGAUUUAGUUACAUUUGGUUUGAUCCCUGAACUUAUAGGUAGAGUCCCAAUUAUUACAGCUUUACAACCACUUCAAAGAGAUGAUCUAUACCAUAUUCUAAAGGAACCAAAGAAUGCACUAUUGGAUCAAUAUGAAUAUAUCUUUAAACAAUUUGGUGUGAGAUUAUGUAUUACCGAUCAGGCGUUAAAGAAAGUCUCACAAUUUGCAUUGAAUGAGGGUACAGGUGCUAGAGGCUUAAGAGGUAUAAUGGAGAGAUUGUUAUUAAAUAUUAACUAUGAGUGUCCAGAAUCAGGUACUCAUUAUGUCUUGAUCAAUGAAAAGACAGUCAACUCCUUACAACAAACAAAAUACUCUCUUGCUUCGAAUGUUCAAGCUAAAUACUACUCUCGAGGUCAAAUAUUUGACUUGAUAAAUGAUGUCUCUAAGGAAGAUAAAGAGCUUGCCAAGAAACUUGAUAUAGAAGUAAACGGCGUUCAGAACUUGGGUUAUGGAGAAAGUAAGGUUAAAGAGGCAAAAAUAUAG